CACCCGCCAAAAGCGCCUCACUACAACUAUACUGACCGCAAACUGAGCGGGUUUUCUCCCAAACAACAAGAGGUCAUUUUUUAAAGUGUGCUGGUGUAGAAGGCAUGAGGGCAGUUUGAAUGGGGAGGUGUGUAAGUGCAGCUGUGUUCUCAGAUGGCAAUGAACAGCUGUGUGACUGUGGUGCAGCUCGGCUCUGGGACUCAGGUGCAUCAGUCCGAAGUUCACCUGCUUCCCUGCGACAUUGAGCACGACGGAGCUGCACAAGUGGCCGAGUUUUUCACUCCCACAGUGAAGGAGCGAAAGCACGAAAAGACAGUGUCGUUUAGGGGGCGGGGGCUGAAAGGUCAGGAAGUGACGCACCCUCAAGGCUACACUGGUCUGGUGCUGAAGGAGGUACAGAAACCCUCAUCUGAUCAAGAAGACCGAGUUGUUAAGGUUUCUUCAGUUUUUCAUAAUUUUACAUAUUGGAAUUUGGAGACUCCUCCCACAUCAGAUGAUCGAGUCAUGAUGUCAAUGGCAUGGCCAAAAUUAGCAGAGAUGAUGCAUGCACCAGUGGAAGACUGAAAGCUUCAUCAGGACACAUUUCUUACCCAGUGUACGGUUACAUUUUCACCAGUUUGUUUACUACCCGAAAACCUACAUGAUUAUUCUGACUGCCCUGAGGUCAUGUGUUCAUUUCGGCACGUUUUUACUUGUAAUAUUUAUGCAUUGUUACCCUUUACACAUGAUUGCGUAUAAUAAAUAUACACAAAAGUCUGAGUUGUACAGAAAUAAACAAUAGAUGACUCAGUCA